UGUGCGUGUGUCCCUGUCCGCGCUGCUGAAACCGGCUCUUCGAGGGAUCGGCGUCACAUGACUCCGCCUGCCCCUCACCAGCUAGCAGAUCGCCAGUCGCUCAGUUUGCCCGGAGCCGGGGGAGGGUCCGGCAGUUUCUCCCGCGCCUCCGGCUCUGCGAAGCGAAGAGAUUCUACGGGGAAUGAUCCAUCUAGAUUGAAGAAGCCUCAGCUCGGCGCUAGGUCCCAGAGUGUAGAUAUUUGGGGGGAGGGGAGAGCGAGAGGGAACUAGAGAGCGAGCGAGAGCCUGAGAGAGGCAGCGCGGCGCGCACGGACUGGGGGUUGCAGGGUGCCUCGCGGAGAAGAUGUAAGCGCGUGGGGUAUCGCUGGCCUCCGAGCACCAUGCAGAAAGGGAUCCGGCUGAACGAUGGCCACGUCGCGUCCCUGGGACUGCUGGCGCGCAAGGAUGGCACGCGCAAAGGCUACCUGAGCAAGCGGAGUUCGGACAACACAAAAUGGCAAACCAAGUGGUUCGCGCUGCUGCAGAACCUGCUCUUCUACUUCGAGAGCGACUCCAGCUCUCGGCCCUCGGGGCUCUACCUGCUGGAGGGCUGCGUCUGCGACCGCGCGCCCUCCCCCAAGCCGACGCUCUCCGCCAAGGAGCCGCUGGAGAAACAGCAUUACUUCACAGUGAACUUCACCCAUGAGAAUCAGAAAGCCUUGGAAUUGAGGACUGAGGAUGCGAAGGAUUGCGACGAGUGGGUGGCAGCCAUCGCUCAUGCCAGCUACAGGACUCUGGCCACUGAGCACGAGGCACUGAUGCAGAAGUACCUGCACCUGCUGCAGAUCGUGGAGACAGAGAAGACGGUGGCCAAGCAGCUGCGGCAGCAGAUUGAGGAUGGGGAGAUUGAGAUUGAGCGGCUGAAAGCAGAGAUCGCGUCCCUACUCAAGGACAAUGAGCGCAUCCAGUCCACCCAGACUGUCACUCCCAAUGAUGAAGACAGCGACAUCAAGAAAAUCAAGAAGGUGCAGAGCUUCCUGCGGGGCUGGCUGUGCCGGCGGAAGUGGAAAACCAUCAUCCAGGACUACAUCCGAUCGCCCCAUGCCGACAGCAUGCGCAAGAGGAACCAGGUGGUGUUCAGCAUGCUGGAGGCCGAAGCCGAGUACGUGCAGCAGCUACACAUCCUUGUCAACAAUUUCCUGCGUCCACUGCGCAUGGCUGCAAGCUCCAAGAAGCCCCCCAUCACACAUGAUGAUGUCAGCAGCAUCUUCCUGAACAGUGAAACCAUCAUGUUUCUGCAUCAGAUCUUCUACCAAGGCCUGAAGGCCCGCAUCUCCAGCUGGCCCACGCUGGUCCUGGCUGACCUGUUCGAUAUCCUGCUGCCCAUGCUCAACAUCUACCAAGAGUUUGUGCGCAACCACCAGUACAGCCUCCAGAUCCUGGCCCACUGCAAGCAGAACCGCGACUUCGACAAGCUGCUGAAGCACUACGAGGCCAAGCCCGACUGCGAGGAGAGGACCCUGGAGACCUUCCUCACCUACCCCAUGUUCCAGAUCCCCAGGUACAUCCUGACGCUGCACGAGCUCCUGGCCCACACACCACAUGAACACGUGGAGCGCAACAGCCUGGAUUAUGCCAAGUCCAAACUGGAGGAGCUGUCCAGAAUAAUGCAUGACGAAGUAAGUGAGACAGAGAACAUCCGGAAAAACCUGGCUAUCGAGCGCAUGAUCAUCGAAGGCUGCGAGAUCCUCCUGGAUACCAGCCAGACCUUCGUGAGACAAGGUUCCCUCAUCCAGGUGCCCAUGUCGGAAAAGGGCAAGAUCACCCGGGGACGCCUGGGGUCUCUGUCCCUAAAGAAAGAGGGCGAGCGACAGUGCUUCCUGUUCUCGAAGCAUCUCAUUAUCUGUACCCGAGGUUCUGGAGGGAAACUUCACCUGACCAAGAAUGGAGUCAUAUCCCUCAUCGACUGCACCUUACUGGAGGACCCAGAAAGCACAGAGGAGGAAGCCAAAGGAUCUGGUCAAGACGUAGACCACUUGGAUUUUAAGAUUGGGGUGGAACCAAAAGAUUCCCCGCCCUUCACAGUCAUCCUCGUGGCCUCAUCCAGACAGGAGAAGGCAGCGUGGACCAGUGACAUCAGCCAGUGUGUGGAUAACAUCCGAUGCAAUGGACUCAUGAUGAAUGCCUUUGAGGAAAAUUCCAAGGUCACAGUGCCACAGAUGAUCAAAUCCGACGCCUCCUUAUAUUGUGAUGACGUUGACAUUCGCUUCAGUAAAACCAUGAACUCCUGCAAAGUGCUGCAGAUCCGGUACGCCAGCGUGGAGCGGCUGCUGGAGCGCCUGACAGACCUGCGCUUCCUGAGCAUCGAUUUCCUCAACACCUUCCUGCACUCCUACCGUGUCUUCACCACGGCCGUCGUGGUCCUGGACAAGCUCAUCACCAUCUACAAGAAACCCAUCAGUGCCAUCCCUGCCAGCUUUCUUAUGCACGAAGCAUCCGUCAGGACCACUAUCAGGACGAGGUCAGAGUGCAGGUCGCUAGAGCUCCUGUUUGCCAGCGGCCAGAACAACAAACUUCUGUAUGGUGAACCUCCCAAGUCUCCACGUGCCACCCGCAAGUUCUCUUCUCCGCCACCCCUGUCCAUCAGCACUUCGUCACCCAGCCGCCGGCGGAAGCUGUCCCUGAACAUCCCCAUCAUCACAGGUGGCAAGGCCCUGGACCUGGCCGCACUCAGCUGCAGUUCCAACGGCUACACCAGCAUGUACUCGGCCAUGUCACCCUUCAGCAAGGCCACGCUAGACACCAGCAAGCUCUAUGUGUCCAGCAGCUUCGCCAACAAGAUUCCCGAUGAGGGUGAUGCAACCCCUGAGAAGCCUGAAGACCCCUCAACUCUCAACAAGCAGAGCUCAGAAGUAUCUGUGAGAGAAGAAUCAGAUGUUGAUCAAAACCAGAGUGAUGAUGGUGAAACUGAGACAUCACCAACUAAAUCUCCCACAACACCAAAAUCUGUCAAAAGCAAAAAUUCUUCAGAGUUCCCGCUCUUUUCCUACAACAAUGGAGUGGUGAUGACCUCCUGUCGCGAACUGGACAAUAACCGCAGUGCCCUGUCGGCCGCCUCUGCCUUCGCCAUAGCAACCGCAGGAGCCAACGAGGGCACCCCAAACAAGGAGAAGUACCGCAGGAUGUCCUUGGCCAGUGCAGGGUUUCCUCCUGACCAGAGGAAUGGGGACAAGGAGUUUGUGAUCCGCAGAGCGGCCACCAAUCGCGUCCUGAAUGUGCUCCGCCACUGGGUCUCCAAGCACUCUCAGGACUUUGAGACCAACGACGAGCUCAAAUGCAAGGUGAUCGGUUUCCUGGAGGAGGUCAUGCACGACCCAGAGCUCCUGACUCAGGAGCGGAAGGCUGCAGCCAACAUCAUCAGGACUCUGACCCAGGAGGACCCAGGUGACAACCAGAUCACACUGGAGGAGAUCACACAGAUGGCAGAAGGCGUGAAAGCCGAACCCUUUGAAAACCACUCGGCCCUGGAGAUUGCAGAACAGCUGACCCUGCUGGACCACCUCGUCUUCAAGAAGAUUCCUUAUGAGGAGUUCUUUGGACAAGGCUGGAUGAAGCUGGAGAAGAACGAAAGGACCCCUUACAUCAUGAAAACCACCAAGCACUUCAAUGAUAUCAGUAACUUGAUUGCUUCAGAAAUCAUCCGCAAUGAGGACAUCAAUGCAAGGGUGAGUGCCAUCGAGAAGUGGGUAGCUGUGGCCGACAUAUGCCGCUGCUUACACAACUACAACGCUGUGCUGGAGAUCACCUCCUCCAUGAACCGGAGUGCAAUCUUCCGGCUCAAAAAGACAUGGCUCAAAGUCUCUAAGCAGACAAAAGCUUUGAUUGACAAGCUCCAAAAGCUUGUGUCAUCAGAGGGCAGAUUUAAGAAUCUCAGAGAAGCUCUGAAAAAUUGUGACCCACCCUGUGUCCCUUACCUGGGGAUGUACCUCACCGACCUGGCCUUCAUCGAGGAGGGGACGCCCAAUUACACGGAGGACGGCCUGGUCAACUUCUCCAAAAUGAGGAUGAUAUCCCAUAUCAUCCGAGAGAUUCGCCAAUUUCAACAAACUGCCUACAAAAUAGAGCACCAAGCAAAGGUAACCCAAUACCUACUGGACCAAUCUUUUGUAAUGGAUGAAGAAAGCCUCUACGAGUCUUCUCUCCGCAUAGAACCAAAACUCCCCACCUGAAGCCGACCCCAGCGGGGACCCAGCCGCUGCCCUGGACACGUGCUAUAUGAUAUUGUACAUAUUCGUUUGGUUUCUCUGGAUUUUCCUCUUCCGUAUGUGCUUCUCCAAGAAUACAAAUCCGUUCUCGUUCUUAGAUUCCUGUAGAACCGGAAUAUGAAUUUCUGCACCGUUUAAGACUCGGCCGCCCCACCCCUCUCCUGCAGUGCCCGUUCCCCCCAGACAGCUGUACUCCCAGUCCCUCUUGGAAGGGGAGACAGAACCCCGACAACACGAGUCUUACACUCCGGUCCUGCUUCGUCCUUCCCGGCCGGGCCCCUGGGUGGGGUUGGCGCCCCAGGCACCCUCCCAGCAUGUUCCAUGUAGUCGCUGUAACUGGGUGGG